UGGGAUAAAGUAUAUCAUAUGCAGUAUACGAAGAAUAGAUCAGAUUUAUAUCCACGAUUGAUUCCAAACUCAUGAAGAUUAUCAAGGUUGUAUUUUCCUGAGGCAAGAGUUUUUGCGCGAGAGCGCGAAACAUACUAUCGUGAUGUGGCUGCAGAUUCCAGGAAGGAAAGUUUUGCGGCGGUCUGGGUCUGUAAGAGACGAGGCCAUUUGAUCAAGGACAAGGAAGGCUUGUGCGCAGCGACAGACGAUUUUGUUUACCAGAUUGGACGAGGAGAGGGACGGGAGAAUUUGGUCUGUCCGUCUGUCGGCCGCGAGGAAGACACGGGGGAAGUUGGCAACAAUGACCCUCGCGGGAGGUCUCGGAUAUGCGCUGAUCGCUUUGGGUCCUGGAAUUGCUCUGUUUUUCACAGUGAUAAUCAACAAGCCCUUCCUCAUUCUCACUUUGAUCGCCAGUGUUUUGAGCUGGCUCGUCAGUCUUGUGUUAAUUUCGAGUGUAUGGAGGGGAUUUCUACCUGGUGAAGCAAGCGCUUGGGUGUACAUUCCUCUGCUUCUCACGGCAGUUGGUUGUCAGGAAGCAGCGAGACUUAUGUUUUGGCAUCUAUACUUGAGAGUCGAGGAUAUUUUGAACAAGAUAGCAGUAAGGCUUUCCAAGCCGCGACUGCAUGCUGUCGACAAAUUUGAAAUUGCACUGGCUUUUGGUUUAGGUCAUGGACUAGCCCAUGUCAUCUUCUUCUGUGUCGCACUGCUGACCCCAUCAUUCGGACCUGCAACUCUCUACGUGAAUAGUUGCUCGCAAAUGCCCUUCUUUAUGAUGGCCGCAUUGACAGGACUGGGCUUCCUACUCAUACACACAUUUUCCAUGAUCAUUGCAUUCGACGGACAUGCAGAGGGGAAAAAGUCACAACAGUUUUUUGCUCCUGGCAUGCAUCUUUUGGUAUCUUUUUCGACAUUAGCGAAUCUAGCUCAAGGAGGUUGUGUAUACGGUGUUUCUGCGACACUGUCUUGCGCUUUAGUGACAUCAGCUGUCUGCUGGAAAAUUAAGUGGGAUAAGACAAGUGAAGAUUCAUUGCCUCCGAGCAGCUCAAACAGAACACAUCACUGAGUUACACUGCGUUUUUGCGGUUGUAUAUAAUAUUUUCCUUUACCUUAGAGCCUCUCUUGUAUCAAUAUCUUCGUCCUUGACUGUGUUUCUUCUCUAUUCAUGUCACGAAAUCGAUUCAAUGCGCAGUACAAUAAUCAAAACAUCCGAUGGAGUGGGCGUCACUCGGAUAUACAUAUCCUAGGGCUGGACAACAAUGAGUUUUUUUCACAAGUUAGAAGAACAAUCAGUCGAAUGAGCACCUCGGAGUUGUAGUCUUCGAGGUAGAAUAUCUGCACAGAAAGCGUUGCGAUCAAUUUAGCCUAUUUAGAAAACCCUUACGCUAGCGAGGUUUACAUUUAUGGAGUAGAAAGGACUGGAGAAAUUUUACUAGAAGAGAAGAAUUUAAGAAGGUAGAUGGUCAUAGAACAGGGUGCGGUAGGACAUUUAUUCAAGGUCACGGUGAGUCAAAUGGCCUUACCUUUUCCACAAUGAUACACUCUCAUCGUCGCCGUUGAAUUGUCGACUUAGCCGAACGUGUACUCUCAAUUAUUUUAGAUAGAUGGGAAAGUUGGUUUCUGAUUGUUAGCAGUAUACAUAGUAGUUUUUGCUUCACUUUUACCGGCACAUUGACAUGAACUUAGGCAUGGGGAUAUCUGAUAUCCUGGUCUGACUAGCACAGAGUCCUUAUAUAGUGUCCUACACUUAAAAGAAUGGUUCUGUAAGCAUGAGGUGCAACUAAGGAGCCUGUAUACUAAUUCUUGUGGUACAUUCAAAUGUUCAGUACAAUGAAUAUACGGAAACGGCAAUGAAAUAUGUUUCCCUGAUAUUCAAAGUUUCACGUGCGGAGCAAGUUCUUAGUAACUCGACCGUCUUCUCCAAGGGUAGACUCAUUCUGGGC